AUGGAAGCACUCCAUUGUAUGCUGGAUAAAGUGGUUGAGAUGGGAGAAUUGGAGGGGCUUUGGUUUGGUAAUGGUGAGAAACCUAUAUCCCAUUUAUUUUAUGCCAAUGAUGCACUUCUUAUGGGAUUUUGGACGAAAGACAAUGUUGAGAAGGUGGCAAGAAUUCUUCGGGUGUUUCAUAUUUGCUUGGGUUUGAAAAUUAAUACUCAUAAAUCUCAUUUGUUUGGUAUUGGGGUUCAUGAAGGGGAGGUUGAUAGUAUGACGAAUGUUCUUUGGUGUCAGGUGGGGAGUGUACCCUUUGAUUAUUUGGGGAUCCGGGUUGGAGCUAAUAUGAAUAGGGUGUCUCAUUGGAUCACGGUUAUAGAAUCGGUUCAAAAUAGGUUGUCAUUGUGGAAGGCAAAAACUCUCUCUAUAGGAGCCAAGUGGGGAUGGCGUUUCACAAUAGAAAAGGAUGCUCUCUGGCGUAGAGUAGUGGAGUACAUUCAUGGUGGUAGAGGAUUGUGGUCUUUCCUUCCAAUUAAGAGGGCUCUCACGGGAUGUUGGAAGUCGAUUGCAAGCUGGCUAGAGAAGUGCAUCAUUCAAGAUAAGAAGUUAAAGCAGCUUAUUCGAUGUUCAGUGGAAAAGGGUGAGAGAGUUCGAUUUUGGAAUGAUAUUUUAUUAGGUUCGGUUGACUUAAAGUCUCGAUGGCCAGGUUUGUAUAGGUUAGAAAAGAAUAAGUUGUGCACAGUGGCAGAAAGAUUUAAAGAAGAUAGUGGCGACUGGUCGUUUUCUGUGGAGUGGCAGAGGGGCUUCUUGGCGGUGGAGGAGAUAUCGGAACACCAAGACUUAACUGUUAUGUUACAAGGAUUCUCGAUCUCCAAUGUGGAAGACAAGUGGUACUGGGAUAUUGACACAAGUGCCGUUUUUUUCUCGGUGGCCUGCUUUAAAGAUCUUUUACAAAAAGAUAGGGGUGGUACUCGAGAUCAUAGCAUGAAGUGGGAAGGUUGGGUUCCAAUAAAAGUUAACAUGGUUUCUUGGAGGGCCGAGUUUCAUAGACUUCCCACCCGGGGGGCUCUUACAAAAAGAAGAAUAAAUAUAGUUGAUGUGUCAUGUCCUCUUUGUGAGACCGGGAAUGAAGAAGUCAACCAUCUUUUUAUGGGAUGCAGAUUCUCGUAUGGCGUGUGGAGCUUCAUUUGUAAGUGGUGCAAUUUGGAUCCUUUUUUUGCAUAUGAUGUUGAAGAUUUAAUGCGACUAUAUAGGAAUGUCCAUGGUGGUAAGUGGAGAAAAAGAUUAUUAGAGGCAUUGUCAUGGUUACGAUUUGGGUUUUGUGGAAGACACGGAAUGCUAAGGUUUUUCAACAUACAUCAAGGCAAGUUAGAGAGGUUGUAG